AUGGAACCUUCUUGGCAUUUCAGCAGUUUGCAUCGAGCAAUCGGCGAUAUGCAGCAGCAGUUGAACGAUAAAGGCAUGCAACUGGAAAGGACGAUUCAACUCAAAAAUGAUGCUGAAUGGUCACUUGGUGAACACAAGCAAUGGCUGAAUGAUGAGAAAAACAGGAGCAGAGGAUUAUUGGCAGAAGUGAAUGAGAAGAACAGAAUAAUCGACAUUUUGAACAAUCAAAUUGCUGAGCUCAGGAAACCUGCUGAAGGAGCUGAAAGCAUUGAAAAGCUCCGUGAAACAAUAAAAGGACUCGAAUGCAAACUGGCUGACACUCAACGCACGCUCUCUGAAUCAUCACAAAGCGAUGAACUGAACCACCUGAAAAGUGAAGUGGAUCGUCUAAACAAUGAAAUGAACGAAAAGAACCGUAUAAUCGAUGAUCUAAACCGAAUUCGGGAUGAGAAUGACUCCAAACUUGGAGAACAUCGUCAAUGGCUGGAUGAUGCAAACAACAGAGCGAACGGUCUCGAGAACGCACUUCGGGACAAAGAUAAUGAAAUUGAUGGUCUUCACAAAGAGAUCGACGAGUUGAAGAAGACGACGCUAGAAGUAGCGCCUGCUGUAUCGGCUGACGAACUGAACCAUCUGAAGAAUGAAAUCGAACGCCUGGUGAGUGAGAUCAAUGAGAAGAACCGAAUCAUCGAUGACUUGAAUAGAAUCCGUGACGAAAAAGAAUGGAGUCUUGGUGAACAUCGUCAGUGGUUAAGUGAUGCGAACAAUAGAGCGAGUGGUCUUGAGAAUGCAUUGAAAGAUAAAGAUGUCCAAAUUGACAACCUCAAUAAUGAAAUAAGCCAGCUAAAGACUCAAAUAUCUGAUAUUGAGGUCAUUGCCCAACCAGUUCAGCUUCAGAAUCUGCAGUCCGCUAACGAUGAUCUACAGCAACGAGUGAACGAAUUGCAGAAAGCACUCGAAGAGGCUCCUAAGAGCGAUGAGCUAAGGUAA